UAGUAGUAUUGCUUGGUUCUUUACUUGUUCAUUCCAAUUAUUGAGAUAUUGUUAUAUUAAUCUAAAUAUUUGUUAAAUGGCAUCAUCACAUGGGAAUUAUUAUUUCUCAUUAAUUCUAAGUGUUUUGGUGUUUGCAAUUGUUGCAAGCAGUGGUUUGUCACAACUAACACCAGAUUACUAUGAGAAUUCAUGCCCUAAUGCUUUGAGUACCAUCAAAAGUGUUGUGGAGGCUGCCGUAGAGAAAGAACGCCGUAUGGGUGCUUCUUUGCUUCGCUUGCACUUCCAUGAUUGCUUUGUUAAUGGUUGUGAUGGUUCAAUUCUUCUGGACCCCACAUCCACCAUUGAGAGUGAAAAGAAUGCAUUGCCUAAUAAGAACUCUGUUCGAGGAUUUGAAGUGGUCGAUGAAAUCAAGCAUGCAGUGGACGAAGCUUGUGGAAACCCAAUUGUUUCUUGUGCAGACAUUUUGGCUGUUGCUGCUAGAGAUUCUGUGGUUGCAUUAGGAGGUCCAACAUGGGAUGUAAGACUAGGAAGAAGAGACUCCACCACAGCAAACCCUAACGGCGCAAACACGAACCUGCCGGCGCCAUUUCUCGACCUCCCCCAACUAAUCAAGAGCUUCCAAAACCAAGGCCUAGAUGAGAAUGACCUAGUGGCUCUGUAUGGAGCACACACCAUAGGUUCAGCACGUUGUGUUACAUAUAGGGGCCAUAUUUACAAUGACACAAACAUUGAUCCCAAAUUUGCAAAUUCUCUUAGGUACAUUUGCCCUAGGGAUGUUGGAGUAGGUGAUGAUAAUCUUGCUCCUUUGGAUUGUACGGCUACAAAAUUUGAUUCUCAAUAUUAUAGUGAUUUGAUCAACAAGAAGGGCCUUCUUCAUUCUGAUCAAGAAUUCUUCAAUGGUGGCCCCACGGAUCAAUUGGUUAGGGAGUAUAGCUAUGAUUCCGAAGCUUUCUUUCAAGACUUUGCAAAUUCUAUGAUUAAGAUGGGAAAUAUUCAGCCACUAACUGGGGAACAAGGUGAAAUUCGUGCUAAUUGCAGGAAAGUCAACAAUUAUUAUUGAUUUUUAUUCAUUAAAUUAGUUAAGGUGAGGAUCGGAAAUUAAGUAAGUGUGUAUACAAGAAUAUAAUUGUGAAGUGUAAUAUAUAUAAUAUGUAUUGCGAUUAUGUUAAUUAUUAUUGUGAAAAU